UGUAGUUCUGUGUCCGACCACCGUAGCAAACAGCGCCAAAUGACAGUCGGUUUAAGGCAGAGAAAUGGAGAAUUUUGAAAUAAUUCUAAAGAAAAGUGAUAAUAGCCUUGGUUUUUCGCUCCUCGGAAGUGCUGCUGGUCUCCCACACGUUAUCUAUGACAUCGUUGAAAAUUCACCUGCCGCGGAAAGCGGUGAGGUGGAAGCUGGAGAUGUUAUUGUUAAAGUGAAUGGUAUUGAUGUACAUCGUUACACCACUAAAGAAGUCCUGAAAUGUUUGAGAUUGUCCCAAGAUCCUGUGACAUUGGAAUUGAGAAGAGAUCCCAAUGUGAAGGCCCAUGUGCGAAAAUAUCUGGAACAGACUAGCAAUUUGCACUCAGAUGCUGAAAUUCGGCCAUUUAAUCUCAAUGACAGUGCAUUGUCGCCCAAAUCAUCAUGUGGUAGUUCUCAGGGUGGUGUUAGGGUUGCUCAUAGUCCAGCAAGUCGUCCAUCGCGAAUACCACAGAUUGUCCGGGGGCAGACAGUGCCACCGGUGACAAUGUCUCAGGCACAGCCGACAAAGAGUGCACCCCAAUCGCCACAUGGUAUAAAAACCAAGAAUCUGUCCCAUAUCCCAGCUUCCAAUGGCACAAAUAACAACAAUAACAGCCAAAUUGUUCAGCCAGCCAAUAAUAAGGCCAGAUUUGAGGCUUACAUGAUGACAGGGGAUUUGAUACUCAAUUUGUCGAGGACACCACAGAGUUCGGGCCUGAUAACGUCACAUGCCAAGAAGGUGGAUAGUUUGCGGGAUUCCCCGUCGAGGAUUAACCGACGAAAUGGUGCUGUGGCUCCACAAGCCAAGUACGAUUCAUCUCCAUCAUCGCCAACCUAUUCAACAGAUGACUUUAGUGGUGAUUCCAACAAUUCCAACAAGGGUCUGAUUGAGAAGGACAACAAUUCCAUAGUUGUAGAUAGUAUUGAGACAAAGGCAUCUCAUCACAGUGGUUCUAUAAAUAGUGUUCAGCAGCAGAAAAGUAAAAGUGUUAGAAGUGGAAGUGGUACAAUGUGCAACAGUGAUGGUGCAUUGAGUGACAGUGUACACAAUAGGGAAGGUAUUGGGAAGAAAUCAUCUCCCAUUGACAAUAGGCAGUGGAGGCAUGAAGAGGAGCAUAAGGGUGACAGUGUUGUUGAUUGUGCUGGACGCGCUGUUGGUGGUGUUGGUGGUGGGAGUGCUUCGUGUUCGGUUGAGAUGCGAAAACAGGUCAGGGAUCAGGGUUCCUAUGAAAAAUCCCAUCUUCCAACAUCCUCAAAAUCUUCCUCGUCGUCCACUGUGAAGAGUGAUGCCGUGAGUUCUCCCGAUGUAUGUUUCUCAGUGCCUACUUCGCCCAUUUCCAUGUCAACGCCAGUUCUUGAAGAAUUACCAGCGCUCAAGAAGCGCGAUUCAGCCAAUUCGGUGCCCACGAGCCCAGAAUCAGCUGGGCAACCAGAAACAAAACUCAGGCGUACCAAUAACACUCACAAUGGGGUUGUACGGAAGUGUGAUGCAGCUGGAUUUAGGACAAGUCGUUCGGAGGAUCAUCUGCAGCAGAGUCAGAGAGAUGGUUUGAGUGCAGUGAUUCCUAUUGAUAUUGAUGAAGAUGUCAAUAGUUCGCUCAAUACUCUCCUGGAUACGCGGCAUGACUCUGAGGAUAGUCAGAGUUCGGAUAGGGAUCGUAUUGUAUGGACGUACAAUGCACCAAUUGUACAGCAAAUCUCAGCACAUUCAUCCACAUCACACUCCAGUUCCAUCAGUUCAUCUCCACAGCAUACCAAUAGCCCAGCAUCGCCCACAUCAGUUUCCAGCUCUGUCAUGUCUUCGAACUCUAGUUCAAAGGGUGAGAAGAAUGUGGCAUGUGCUAGAACAGAUCAACAACAGAAUCUGAUGGGACCACCAAAUGGGGAUCACAGUGUCUCCGAAGCUGUUUCCAACAUUUCCAGUCCUGAUUAUCAGGAUGAGGACAAUCUGCUGAGUUCCAAGGAUAUGGCAGCAAUGGCCAUCAGUGAUCCGAGUGAUUCAGACUCCACUAUCCUCGUCUCGGAUACAGUUCAUCGGAUACAGGAUAAGGAUAACAAGAUCACCAUCCAUCUUCGGCAGCAGAAUAAUCAGUUUAUGCAGCACGGAUACUCAGAACUGAAGAAUUCAGAAGAUGAACUCGCAACGCUCACUGAAGAUCCUCCAACGUUGCAAAUAGAAUCUUCUGGGCAGCAAGAUGCUAAAGAGUCCUCACCGCCAGUAUCUGACGAUGGGAGCGACGUUGAUUCUCUGCACUCGUAUCAUUAUUCACCGAAGGCUGUUGAUAUGCCAUCUGCAGUUCGCUUAGCCAAACGCCUCUAUGCACUGGAUGGUUUUAAGAAAAGUGAUGUUUCUAGACAUUUAAGUAAAAACAAUGACUUUACACGAGCUGUUGCUGAUGAAUACUUGAAGUACUUCAAUUUUGAGCGAUUGAGCUUAGAUGAGGCUCUAAGGCAAUUUCUUCAGCAAUUCUCACUAUCGGGCGAAACACAGGAAAGAGAACGUGUAUUGGUGCAUUUCUCUAAAAGAUAUUUAGACUGCAAUCCCGGAACUUUUAAUUCUCAAGAUGCCGUUCAUACGCUUACUUGUGCUAUAAUGUUACUUAAUACAGACUUACACGGUCAGAAUAUUGGAAGGAAGAUGACCUGCUCGGAAUUCAUUGAUAAUUUGUCCGAGUUGAAUGAUGGAGAAAACUUCCCUAAGGAUAUUUUGAAGUAUCUCUAUCAGGCUAUUAAAAAUCAUCCACUGGAAUGGGCUCUGGAUGAAGAGUCGCCGGAUCAGCAGAAAUCACGUGCCGAUAACAGUAUUCAGGGCACUCAACUUGGAUCAAACUCAUUGUUGGAUACCAUGAACAGUGUCGCUGCCAUUGAGUAUAAGAAAGGAUAUGUGAUGCGAAAGUGCUGCUAUGAUUCUAACUAUAAGAAAAGCUUUUGUGGUUUGUUUUCAGCACCAUUUGGAAAACGUUCCUGGAAGAUGUUCUACUGUACCUUACGCGAUUUGGUGCUGUAUCUGCACAAGGAUGAACAUGGUUUCAGAAAAAAUCAGAUGUCUGAUAAUGUUCACAAUGCAAUUAGGAUUCAUCAUGCUCUUGCCACGAAGGCCAAUGAUUACACGAAGAAGCAACAUGUUUUCCGAUUGCAGACAGCCGACCAAUCGGAAUUUCUGUUUCAGACCAGUGAUUCGAAAGAACUGCAAUCCUGGAUUGAUACAAUCAAUUGUGUGUGUGCCUCAUUUUCAGCACCUCCACUCGAAGGAGGUGUUGGCAGCCAAAAACGCUUUCAACGGCCAUUGUUACCAAGUAACCAUACGAAAUUGCUCUUGAGGGAGCAAUUGAUAUCGCACGAUAAUAAGAUAAUACAGUUGGAGAAUGAAAUUGAGGAGCAUCGACGUGGUCCUGUGCCAACCAAGGGUCUACCGCUGCAAAAUUACAAGGAGAAGGAAAGCUUCUUACAAUAUGAGCUCAAGAGAUACAAGACGUAUUCAGAAAUUCUGAGUACACGAAUGAUGUCGGGUGAGCAUGAGAUGCAAAAUGCUCUGGGUCAGCAGCAGCAUCAGUCCCAGUCAGGGAUGAUGGCUGAUGAGACAAUGUCAAAUACCUUCCAUCAUUCCCUGUUACCCAAUACUGGGUUCCCGGUGGGCUCAAAUAGUGGUAGUGGGACUAAUUUGGGCCAUGGUGCAGCUGCUGCAAAUGCCAUGCAGCAGCAGCAGCAACAGCAAAAUUCAAUGCAGAUGACAAUGCAGCAGCAGCAGCAACCAGCAACUAACAGGUAUAGUUACAGAGCGGCUAUCUAUCGAUCAGAAGCUCAGCAAGAUCUCGGCUGACGAGUUAUGGGGGUUUUCUCGGCUUGUGUGGUGUAGGCCUCUUUUUCAUUUACUCAUUUUUCUUUAUUUUUUUUUUUACCAAGAUGACCAUUUUAGUCCCUGUAUUUACUGCUUCUUUAUGGUGUUUGGGAAGGCAUAGAGAGUGCAAGAAGAAAAAUAUUUCUUUUUUUUAAAUAAUGUGUGAGAAAAAAUCUAUUUGUGGUGAUGGAUUUAUCUGCUUAGAUUUAUGAUAAGGCUUAAUGUGUUUCUUUAUGUAUAUGAAUGGCCUGUUUUUCAGGACUAUUAUUUUUUUGUUUUUGAAUUAUUUACGUAAAGAGGGUAGAGUUUUGAAAGAAAAAUUACACUUUUGCUAUCUUUGCAAUUUCAAGCAAAAAAACAUUUAUUCAAUUUAUUUACAAAAGUGAAAAUAAGCUGGAUUGCCAAGAGAGUUCUUAUUAGAUGUUUUCCUUCUCUUUCAACAAAAACGAAUAUAUAUGUAUAUGGCUUAUGGAAGAGAUUGACCUAUUUACAAGAGGAUAUUUUUCUUUCUGAUAAUGAAUUAAAAUGCUCUCUUGAAAAUACUCUUUGUGAACUCAAACUUGAGGCAUUAUUAUUGAUGUUUUCCUCUUUUAAUUCUAGUCAUGAUAAUUUAAUUUUUUUUUUAUUUUACUUGCCAUUUAUUAAUAUUUUUGACAUUACUUUACCUGUUGCUGAUUUUUGCGUGGAAAUGGUACUUGACGUGUUGAAUAAGCCCCGCCCAUAAAUUUAUCCGGAUACACUUUAAGGAAUAUGAAUUUUUGAAUUUUAUAAUGAUUUUCUUUUUAUUAUUUUCUUUAGAAAAUGUUGUUGUGGCGGGCUAGAUGUCCUUUCUGAUUUAUCAAUAAAGAGAUUCUUAAGCCACGCCCAUCUUAAAAUUGGCCACGCCUUCUUUAACUCAUAAUAGGAAAAUAUUUGUAACUAUUUUGUUAUGAAAUUCUUUCGACCACUCGUUUGACAAAUAAUUUUCAAAUUUUAUCUGGAAUUAACUAUGUUUUUCAAAGUUUUCGUAAACGUUGCCUAAAGCGCCUCUAUCAAAGCAGAAGUAAAGAUAAUUGCAACACCUUUCCAGGAUAUCUAAAUUUAACCAAUUUGCUUAAUAAAUACAACGUUAAUACAAGAAUUUCUUUUAAAGACUUCUUAUUGGUUAUAGGUUAUAGGUUAGAGGUACUUAUAGGUUCUCCCAGCUUUCUGAAAAAUUCAUGGGUUCCCCGGGCUCCCUUAGAAAUGUACGGGUUUCCCGCGAGGUCUUUGAAAAAAUAUAUGGGUCCCCCUAGUCCCCUAUAGGUUCUCUGGAAAAAUGUAUAGGUUCUCUUCACUUCCUGAAAAAUUCAUGGGUUCCCCGGGAUCCCUGAGAAAUGUACGGGUUUCCCGCGAGGUCCCUGAAAAAAUAUAUGGGUCCCCCUAGUCCCCUAUAGGUUCUCUGGAAAAAUGUAUAGGCUGCCCCAGCUUCCUUUCUGGAUUCUCCUAAAAAAAUAUAUGUGUUCCUCAAACUUUCUGAAAAACAUGUGGGUUUCCCGUGAGUUCCUUGAAAAAAUUUAUGGAUCUGCGGGAUCUCCAUAGGUUCCUAGAAAAAAUAUAUGAGUUCUCCCUGAGUUCCCUGGAAAAAUGUAUUAGUUCUCCGAGUUCCUUGCAAAAGUACAUGGAUUUUCUGGGUUUCCUGAUAAAAUAUAUGAGUUCCCCGAGUUCUCCAUAGAUUCCCAGGAAAGAAGACGAGUUUCCCGUGGGUUCACUAAAAAAUCUAUGGGUUCCCCGAAUUCUCCGUGGUUUCCGUGAAAAAUGUAUUUGUUCCUCAGGUUUCCUGAUAAAACGUAUGGGUUCCCCAUGUUUUCGGAGUUCCCUGUGAGUUUCCCGAGUUUCCCGUGGACUCCCUGCCCAGAUUGUCUCGACUUCCCCGAAGUCAGUUACCCCUAGUUUCUUCAUUACGAUAAUUAAUAAUAUUAGCCGUAGACAUUUAAGCUUGCACACUUUAAGAAAAUGUUGCGUAUCGUUCUUCAUUGUCUCGUCGUAAGAGGUUAUGCAAUGUUAAGGUUGUGUAUCUUUCUCUUUCAUUUAAUGCAAAAUUUAUUUAAAUUAUUGUUUCGCUUUUGAAAUUGAGAUCUUCAUGAGAUUGAAUUUCUGGGCAAUGCUAAAAGUACAAGGAAUCAGAGCUCACUGUCUUCUUAACGUUUGAUUGCAUUUGAGGUUAGUCACUAGCGCAAAGCCGGCGGUGGACGAUUAUUCCUUAUACUUUUUGCAUUUUUCAAGAUUUUCUUCCAUCAAAACCUCAUUUUUGCCCAUUAUUUUAUGAUAUUAUUAAAAACAAGGCGUAAGAGCAGUAUUUCUUCAAGAUAUUUUAAAAAUAAGACUUACUUUAUCAAGAUGUUUAAAAAGGGCGUGGCCUAUUUUUCCUGUUAUCCAAGAUAAAAAAAAAAUAUAGACAAGUUUCUUAUAAACAUCAAAUUGAAAUUGUUACAAUGUUUUUUCUUAUCAAGAUCUUCGGCGUUUCUUUAGUUGCUUUUCUAAGGUAUAGGGGCGUGGCCUAUUUUUCAAUGGGUGUGGCUUUUUUAAGAAAAAUAUUGGAUUUGUUGAGAGAUUAUUCAGGAAUUUUGUUUAGCUAUGAUCUUUUCGUAAUCAUAGUCAUUUAGGUAGGGGAUUAUUCAAAGGUGAAGUAACCAUCAGUAAAAAAAGGAAAAUUUAAAAAAAAAUCCAGGUAAAGUUGUGUUCUACUUUUUUUGUAAAUAUUGCCAUAACUCUUUGAUUUUAUUAAAAAUUACUCUGAAAACAUGUACAGUAAUUGCCUAAUUUGCCAAUUAAAAAGAAAAAAAAAACAAAGAAUUUAUUUCAUUCUGCAGAAAGUUUAAGAAAUAAUUUGUUAAAACGCCACAGUUCCAGUGAAAACUCCCGGAAAAUGAAAUAUUGUUAAUUAAUUAAAAAAAAACAAUGUAGAAUUCAAAAAUGAACCUAUUUCUUCUCCUUUUCUCUUUUGUUAUAAAAAGUAGUUUAGUGUAAGGAAGGAAAAGAAGUGAAUUAAAUUGUUUUUUCUUAGAUAUAUAUUCAAAAAAAAAAUGAAAUUAAAGUUAUAUAAUAUGCGGAAAUAUACAUAUUCGUAAUAUAUAUUGAAUUGCCAUUUAAUUACUCUCUCUUUGAAAGGAUUAAACAUGAAAUCAAAUUACUCCUAGACAUUUAGGAAUUAUGUACUGAAAAAUAUAUAUACAAUUACAUUUAUAAAUAACGUAUGAGAUUAUUCUAAGAAUCUCAAUUCAAUUAUUAUGAAAACACUCCCAAUUUGCUUGCAACAGGAAAAUAAUGGGAUUUAAAAGUGAAGAUGAAAAAAAAUCUUGACAAGAAAUAUUGAGAUUUUUUGUAAUUUAACCUCUAACUUAUUAAUUUGUCAAAAAAAAAUAAAGUUGCAAAAAAUACUGGGUUUUCUCAAAAUAUAAAUUAUGUGGUGUUUAUUGAUAACGGCUGUGAAAUUAAGAAAAAAAAAUCACUCACUAUAUGUGUGCAUCGGAUUGUCAUUCUAAUUAAAAAAAAAUCGGAAGUAGUGCAUUUCUACGAGAAUAAAAAUUUUCUUUCUCCAUACAAUUUAUCAUAUCUAUGAUUUAUGUAGCUGUAAAAAAAAAUCUAGAGCUUCUAUCUUAACAGUAAUUGCCAUGGCACAACAUCGACUUUAUUUUUUAUCUACUACACUCUAUUCACACGGAAUUUGAAAGACUCUUUUUCUCAAGUAAUAUUCUUAAUUUGCAGAACAACGAGUAAGUUUAAUUUUUUAUACUCUGAACUUGUUAUUAUUUUUUUUUGUAUUAAAAACGUAUGCAGCAA